AUGCCACGUCCUCGGGGCGCGCUCAUCCUGACCUCAGGUACACCUACCGCGAUCCCCAGGAACACCUCUCUCCCUUGCGCCUUCCCAGGUGGCACCGGGGCCAAGUACAACGGGUCGUGCGUCCCCAUGACUGGCACUCUGGCCAUUCCUACUGAUCUGCCUGUUCCUACUGAUCUGCCCGGUGUCAUCUCGGAGGUGGAGUCUAUUAGCUCUGCCCUCGUAUCUAUCGGUAUCCUCGAGCCUGGCCAGAAUCUGGCCUUCCCUACCGAUCUGCCCGGUGUCAUCUCGGAAGUAGAGUCUAUUGGCUAUGCCAUUAUAUCCGAUCUUGUUCCCAAGACUGUCGAUCUGGCCAUUCCUACUGAUCUGCCUAUCCCUACUGAUCUGCCUGGUAUCAUCUCGGAGGUAGAGUCUAUUGGCUCUGCCCUUAUAUCCGGCAAAUACCCCAAGACUGCUGAUGUGGCUAUCCCUACUGAUCUGCCCAGGAUCGUCGUGGAGGUGGAGUAUAUUGGCUCUGUCCUUAUAUCCAGCACCAUCCUUGAGACUGGCGAUAAUCAAGCCGCCCCCACAGUUGUCCCCGCCCCCGUCUCGGAGGAUCCUACGGGCACUACGACGGUGUCUGGCAGUGUCCCCAAUGGCAAUCACGCCGUCCCUACCGAUCUGCCCGGCGUCAUCGCGGAGGUAGAGUACAUUAGCUCUGCCCUCGUAUCUGUCGGUAUCCUCGAGCCUGGCGCUCUGGCCACCCCUACCGACCUGCCCGGUGUCAUCUCGGAGGUGGAAUCCAUCACCUAUGUCCUCGUAUCUAUCACUAUCAUCGAGCCUGACGAGAAUCGUCCCACUCCUACCGAUCUGCCCGGUGUCAUCGUGGAGGUGGAGUACAUUAGCUCUGUCCUCAUAUCUGUCGGUAUCCUCGAGCCUGGCCAGAAUAUGGCCAUCCCUACCGCUCUGCCAGCUGUCAUCUCGGAGGUGGAGUCCAUUGGCUCUGCCCUUAUAUCUGACAGUCACCCCAUGACUGGCAAUAUGGCCAUCCCUACCAAUCUGCCUGGUCUCAUCUCAGAGGUGGAGUCCAUUGGCUCUGCCCUUAUAUCCGACAGUUUCCCCCGGAGUAGCAAUCUGGCCAUCCCUACCGAUCUACCUGGUAUCAUCUCAGAGAUCGAGUCCAUUGGCUCUGCCCUUAUAACCCAGACUGGCACUGUGGCUAUCCCUACCGAUCUGCCCGGUAUCAUCUCGGAAGUAGAGUCCAUUAGCUCCGAGCUCGCUAGCUAUACCAUGGAGCACGGCUCCUCAACUACGACGAGCUCUGCUGCUGGCUCUUCCACUGCUACCAGCUCUACUGCUGGCUCUUCUACUGCUACCAGCUCUACUGCUACCAGCUCUGCUGCUACCGGCUCUGCUGCUGGCUCCUCUACUGCUACUCCUACUGCUUCCAGUAGCACCCCGUUGGCACGUUCUUCUUCUACUUCUGCGUCUGUCUCGACCCGUGCUUCUAGCACGCCCUUGACUGUCUCUAGCGCUAGCUCGAGCACCCCCCUGUCCGCGUCGUCUAGCACUCCGCUGUCCGUCUCUACCCGUGCUUCUAGCACUCCCUUGUCUGUCUCUAGCGCUAGCUCGAGCACCCCCCUGUCCGUGUCGUCUAGCACUCCGCUGUCUGUCUCUACCCGUGCUUCUAGCACUCCUUUGUCUGUCUCUACUGCUAUCUCUAGCACUCCGCUGUCUGUCUCGACUCGUGCUUCUAGCACGCCCUUGGCUGUCUCUACCCGUGCCUCGAGCACCCCCCCUGUCCGUCUCCUCGAGCACUCCGCUGUCUGUCUCGACCCGUGCUUCUAG